AUGGCCCUUUCUAGAUGUGGCAGAGAGAAGUACGAGCUCAUCGUCAACGUCGGCAGUCUGCCUAGGGACUAUGGUAAAACUUCUUUAACAUGUUUUCUCUGUUUUUUAUGAUAUUAAACACAGGAAAAACAACUAAUGUUAAAAAAGAUUUAGGUAUUCAUCAAUUUAAAGCAUCGAAUAAAUUAAUUAUUUAUGCUAAAAAUAUGUUAACCUUGAUCAAAGGUCAGAUCUUGUUAAUCUUGUUAAAUGUUUUUUGACAAGGAUAGAUUCACAUUUUUUUACGAUAUGCUAUCUUAAAUUAAUGACAUAUGUAAUGUGCACCGACUGUAAUGGGAGUAACAUGUGUAAAAAUGUGAAUAUUAGUGUGGUGUUUGAGCAAAACUUGUGAUUUAUUUGGUUUAAAAUUUUAACAUUGAAAGUAAUGGGCAAAGAUGGCGACCGUCCCAUUAUUUAACCGUUAUUUAGACUUUAAACGUUAUCAGACAUGCCUCUGACGUGGUAGCCCAGGCCUGUGGUGUGUGUGGCUGACAGAGUUAGCAUGAAAUAGUCCAACUAGUCUAAAUUGACUGUUAUGAGGAUAGUCUUUAACUCGACCUUCAUCUUUACGGUUUUUGACACAUUUAUGUUUAAAUUUUUGACAAUGAAUAAAGUCAGAUUAAAACGUUUGAUAUUGUGUGUCUGAAAUUUAGUCCUCAGUCUCUGUACAGCUCAUCAGCCUUCAUCAUAUUAAAUCAAAGAUUAAAAAAAUGAAGUCGAAUAUUGUCACUCUAAAAGUAGCAUUUUGGUCUUUUAAUCUGAUUUCAGUGUUUUAUGAGUAACUGUUUCAUACAUUAUUGAACUUAAAUUAAAUCAACUUAAAUAAUCUUUCAGUGUCAGUCUUUUUGUUCUUCUGUCUUAAAUUAUUUGAAUUUUUAAGUCAGAAUCCAGCUGCUACUUUAGCUUCUUUUUCUCAUCUUUAAGGAGUCCCAUCAUUGUAAUCCUGACCAUUUGUCUUGUGUUUUCCCGUUCUCCUCUUUCUGUCCAGCAUUUCUGCCUGUGCCAAAACAAGGCCUUAAACUGGUUGUCACCAACCUGAGGAAUCGUCCCCUUGACCCAUCCAGAGUGGAUUCCUUGAGUCAGGUGGUGAUGAGCCUCUAUCACAAUUACAUCACAGGCUCAAGAGGCUUCCCUAUAAUACCCAUCAGAGGACCCUUUUGCAGCUUGCUGCUCUUCACACCCUUUAGGUGGAAGUGGAACAGGGAGAACGACCCACACCCCUUACUGUCUUUUCCACCUGGAAUGAUGGUGCCCUCUGCAGGCUUUACUUCCCGCACCAUCCAGACCGCGGCCCUUCCUGAGCGGGUGGAGCUGGGGACUAUAGGAGACCCCAGGUGCCAAGUUCGAACUCUGAUGAUGGAUGGGAGGACGAUUACAAGAGUUAUCUCCAUGGUCACCGAUACUAAUCACUCUGUCAUCAAUAACCGCUGGAGGGUCUGCGAUUAUGACGAGAAUGGACAGUGCCUCAUGUCUGUUCUCUGCAACUUCAAGUUCGAGUCUGGGUGUGCUGAGAGACCAAUGAAUAGGAGCCAUGAGGAGAAGGAGGACAGGGGCAAGGAGAGCCGCAGACCGUUAUGCAUCAGAGUGUGA